AUGGCUGGAGCUCUGAAGGGGACCCCAGGAGGAGAGGAGGAAGUCCGAAAAGAGACGGAUGCCAGCCAUCCCUAUUUCAACUUACCUGACUUCACCCAGCCAUCACCGCCCUCCACUCCAGUCAGCUUCCUCUGGAACUCUCACCAUCGCUGCGGGCCCUCUGAUGCCACCAAGGGCCUGUUUGUGGCCCUGCUGGGUGGAGGCCUGUCUGCUGGCUUCGUGGGCCCAUUUUCCCGUAUGGCUUACCAGACCUCCCACUUGCCCUCGUUGGAGCUGCUCAUCUUUCGAUGCCUCUUCCACCUCCCCAUUGCCUUGUUACUUAAGUUUCGUGGUGAUCCGCUGCUAGGACCUCCUGAUGUCCGGGUCCGGGCCUUCCUUCACGCCAUGCUCAACGUCCUCAGCAUCGGAUGUGCUUACAGCGCGGUGCAGGUGGUGCCUGCUGGCAACGCAGUCACUGUUCGCAAAGGCUCUUCCACCGUGUGCUCUGCCCUCCUAGCACUCUGCCUGGAGAGCCAAGGUCUCAAUGGCUACGCCUGGUGUGGCCUGUUCGGCAGCACCCUUGGACUAAUCAUCAUCGUGGGACCUGGACUAGGCACAUUGCAAGAGGGGACGACAGGCCUCUACACAGCCCUGGGCUACGUACUGGCUUUCCUGGGAGGUCUGGCACUGUCACUGGGGCUACAGGUUUACCGCUCUCUACACUUCCCCUCCUGCCUACCAACAGUGGCCUUCCUAUUUGGCCUGGUGGGGUUAAUGGUCUCUGUACCAGGCCUCUUUGUGCUGCAGACACCUGUGCUACCCCAAGACCCUCUGAGCUGGAGCUGCGUGGUGGCAGUGGGGCUCCUUGCGUUGGUUUCCUUUGUGUGUGUGAGCUAUGCAGUCACCAAGGCCCACCCUGCCCUGGUAUGUGCUGUCCUGCACUCUGAGGUGGUGGUGGCCCUGAUGUUGCAGUACUACGUGCUCUAUGAGACCGUGACACCUUCUGACAUCAUGGGAGCGGGGGUUGUGCUGGGCAGCAUUGCCAUCAUCACUGUCCAGAACCUCAGCUGUGAGAAGGACAGCUGUGAGAAGGACGGGCAGAUGGAGGAGUGAAAUCAGACUUGAGAGCCUGGGGGAGGGUGGGACAGGGGCAAAUAGAAGGAGAGACCGGAAUAAAAAUCAUGGAAGAACUAAACGUCUCCAAAAGAAUUGGUGUGGAGCCAGGGAGAUGGCUCAGCAGGCACAGGCUAGGGCUAGGAAGCCUGACAAGUCGCUCGUGGGAGAGGAAGA